CUUCAAUGUGAUCCUUGAAGGUAUGCUUUUUGUCAUACGUUAAACCUAAGUAUUUUGCUUGAUCAGACCAUUUCAAUUCCAAGGUAUGAUGUUUGGUUUAAGAAAAGAGGCCCUUGGCUUAUAAGGAAAGAUAAUUAAAUGCGUUUUUGCACAACAGUCGUUCGCACCGCACGCGUAUAACAUAGCUCUUGGCUCCUGGAAUUGUUUUCUGGCUACCUAGAGUUUCAUUGAUUCAAGGCUUCAGUCUUUUUCAAGGCUGCCUGAAUCACUAACAGUAUUUUUAAAGACUAACUUUUGGAAACGUACACCUGUGAAUAAUUUGCCUCUAUUAAAUUGAAAAUGUAUUUCUACUAAUCUAAAUUGUUACUUCAAAUACUAUCGAAUUUUAUAUACACGAAUUACCACCUAUAUGCUAAACAAAAUGUAAAUUCAAACAAGCACCCUGCGCUACAAUUUAUAAUUCUACCUUAGUCUAAUAUCAUUCAAUGAAAUUCGUACAAAUUGAAUUCAUAUUAUCGAACACCAACACACAUGCAAAAAACGGGUAGAAAUUUAAUUCCCAUUGUCAUCCGAUCAUCCAGUUAAAAUACAUCAGUUAUAUAUCAGAAUCUCGAGACGAACGGUUGUUCGAUAAUCCGUUCUCCGAAAGCCCUCAUUACACACGUUUUCUGUGCGACAAACAAUUGUUCUCGGUUCGAAGAUAGUUUAACGGCUAGUCGCGUCUAGUGAAUAACAUUUUGGUGCCGUAACCCGGGAAUUGAGAAUAGCACUCGUUUUCCCGCAACGAUCGUUGGAUUUUUGGAGAUUUCUACCAGCCACAUCGAGACAAUAGCGGCGUCGUUUCUGGAAACAAUAGCGACGCCAUCAUCAGCAGUGUCACCUGCAGCCACACGUCGGUUCAUCUUUCGUUUGGACAACUUUUGGAAGGACGUUCAACAGUACCUGCGUCGGUCGUCACCGAUUUUGCAGUCUGAUUCAGGAAAUCGUCUCAGGCCAUCUAGCACUGCUGAGUCUCAUUGAAGGCAGUGGUAAACGGGUAAGGUUAAAUUGAAGCUGAAAGGCAGGUGGGUACUCUUUAAUAUAAUUCGAGCCACGUGCAGUUAAAGUGGAACAAUGAUGUCGCGCUCUAUGACAAAGAAAACAAAGCACAAUAAAUUACUGCUUGUUCGGCGUACCAACAUUCUUGGUUCGGUCAAACUUAUUGAAGAGUUUAAUGAAAAUUAUAUAGCGGCCCAAGCCAACGAAGUUCCUUUUCGUAUACAAAAAUUAGAUGCGCUAUGGGAGGAGUUUGAAGAAGUCGAAAAUGAACUUGAUUCCCUUCGAAUAGGCGAUCCGAUCUUUUCCGGGGAACGAUCCGAAUUCCAAAAUCUAUAUUUUCAAUUAAAAGGAGCGUUGUCGAGAAAGGUACUCCCUGCACCUCCCAGUCCGCUAUAUUCCCCGGCACACUGCCCGCCCCCUCAAACUCUUGGACUUCGACUGCCGGAGAUUAAAAUUCCUGAAUUCGAUGGAAACAUUGAACAUUGGUCGAACUUCCACGAUGUUUUCGAUUCAAUGAUUCAUAGGAAUUCAACUUUGCCAAAUAUCCAAAAGUUACAUUACCUUCGCGCUUCACUCAAAGGUGAUGCAGCUCGUAUAAUACAAUUUAUUCAAACAUCGGGCAACAACUACCCGAUUGCAUGGAAACUAGUUACUGAUCGUUUUGAUAACACAAACCUACUCGUCAGACAACAUGUGUCGGCGUUGUUCAGGAUUCCCGCUGUUCGGAAAGAAUCAGCGUCCGGUCUGUCAGAUCUUGUUGAUCAUUUCGAAAAACAUAUCCAAAUUUUGGCUACUCUUGAAGACGAGAAGGAUAACUGGAACUCAGUUCUAGUGGAACUUUUAAGCAGUCGUUUGGACCCAAGCUCUCAGCGAGAAUGGGAAUCCGAAUGCUCGGAUGCAGAAAGGCCACAGUACACAAAUCUCGUUGACUUCAUCCACAAGCGCGUACGAAUGCUGCAGUCGCUUAAGCUCUCCCACUCUCAAAACUCAAUUGUCGCUGUGGAUGUAAGGCAGCCGAGAGCUCGCACCAUUUCGAAUGUCGCCACUUCGGAACACGUCGUCAAAUGUGUGGCUUGCAAACAUGCUCAUCUACUGUUUCAGUGCGAUGUCUUUCGUGGAAUGUCCCCUCAACAACGAUUCGAACUAGCGAAAAAACAUGGCAUCUGCAUCAAUUGCCUGAAAGGGCAACAUUUCGCCAAAAAUUGCACCGGAGGCGUAUGCAAGUAUUGCAAUCAAAAGCACCACACGCUUCUUCAUCUCGGUCCAGCCCCGUCGCACGCAGCAACGUUCGCGUCUGGUCAAAGACUGAAUCACACUGGAACUCAUCACAUUGCCCCUACUAGCAAUGAGUCGGAUCAAGCCCGAUACGCUCAAUCGCAUUCUUUCCCCGUAUCGCUACAAACGUUUUCGUUGAACUCGUCUUCGUCAUCGCCGUCGUCGGUUGUUGCGCCUUCACAGUCGUCGGCACACGACAAUUUCGCAUCAUUUCCACCUUCUCAAACCUGCCUGACAGUUCUCCUUCUUCUGUCUAUUCAGAAUCCACUGUUUUUCUGCCUACUGCUCUCAUCAAAGUCCAAGAUGUACAUGGAUCAUUCCAUUUUGCCCGUGCAUUGUUGGACAGUGGAUCUCAGCCGAACUGUAUUUCGAAAUCACUUGCUAAAAAACUUUGCUUGAAAAGAAUCAAGAUCA